AUGGACCUCGCAAGGGAUAGAAAAUCUGGCAAGUCUCAUCUCGCGACUGCAUUUGCAGCAUGGAGCGAUCUUCAGAAGCAUACAGCAGGCGAGAAGAUUGAGAUUACUGGUGCCAAGCUGAACAUAGCAGCAGUGGUGGCGACUUCUUACUAUAAUUGUACCUCGGUACUUACUAAAAACCAUCAGGUCUUGGAUAGAAUCACUGCCAGUGUGAAUGUCUUGAUGGACUACCUGACUAAGGGCAAUAAUGUAUACGGAGUCAAUACCGGAUUUGGCGGGAGCGCAGACUCUCGGACUGAUCAAUUGGUACCUUUGCAGGCGGCUCUGCUGCAGCUCACCCAAGCGGGAAUCCUAGUGGAUGUCGACAAACAAUCUGUGGCUCGUGGUGGCUUUGGCAGCUGUGAACCUCAUUCCAUGCCUGCUUCCUGGGUACGUGGUACCAUGGUUGUUCGCGCGAAUCACUCUACCCGUGGUCACUCAGCAGUCACCAUUCCUGUCAUACAGUCAGUCCUGAAACUUCUUGAGACUGGUAUUACUCCGGUCGUCCCUCUCCGGGGCUCGAUAUCCGCCUCGGGUGAUUUGAUGCCCCUCGCAUAUGUUGCUGGCGCGAUCCAAGGGAGCCCCGACAUUUACGUGCAAGUGCCGGAUGAGGCCGAUCCCUCUGUCCUUAAGACAACAACGGCGAUGGAAGCUCUUAGGGCGGCAGGGAUUGAAUACGUCAAGUUCGGGCCCAAGGAGGGCUUAGGCCUUGUGAAUGGAACGGCCGCAUCCACAGCCCUGGCAAGUCUUGUGAUGUAUGAGACUCAUCAAUUAGCCGUGUUGACUCAGGUCCUAGGCACUAUGGUGGUAGAAGCUCUCCAAGGAUCCUCAGAAAGCUUUCAUCCUUUCAUCUCAGCGGUGCGACCACACGAUGGUCAGGUUGAGACCUCCAGAAACAUGUUGGCCUUGCUACAAGGUUCCUCUCUUGCAAAGGGACCAACUAAUCCAAAGCGUAAGAAUGAAGAAGGAAUCGAGCAGGACCGAUAUGCGCUGCGUAGUGCUCCACAGUGGAUUGGGCCCCAGCUCGAAGAUCUCCUUCUUGCCGACAAGCAAAUCACAGUAGAGUUGAACUCAACUGCAGACAACCCCCUGGUCAACGUUGAGAGUAAUGAUGUUCACUGUGGAGCUAACUUCCAAGCCACUUCCAUCACCUCCGCGAUGGAGAAGACCCGUCUUGCGCUCCAGAUGAUGGGCAAGAUCCUAUUCGCACAGUUUACUGAGAUGGUCAACCCAGACCUCAGUAAUGGAAUUCCUACCAAUCUCGUCGCUGAUGAUCCUAACUGCUCAUUCACAAUGAAGGGUGUUGAUAUUAGCAUGGCUGCCUAUAUGGCUGAAUUGGGAUACCUGGCGAACCCAGUCAGCUCUCAUGUGCAGUCUGCAGAGAUGCAAAACCAGUCAAUCAACUCCAUGGCUUUUGUAUCGGCUCGCUAUUCUAUGCAAGCUGCCGAGGUUGUUUCUCUGAUGACAUCGGCAUUUAUUUAUGCUGCCUGUCAAGCCUUGGAUCUCCGGGCUAUGCACCUCGCCUUUUUGGAGACACUCCCGGAUGUUAUCAAUAUCACGAUGAGUGAAUUUACCGGACUGAUGUUGACCAAGGAGAUAGACGCGCUAGCAAGGGCUAUUGAGAAUAAAAUGGCAACGACCUGGUGGAAGACAUCCAAGCUAGAGGCAUCAGCACGCUGUGAUAUUAUUGUCGAGUCGACAUUGCCACUUAUUUUCCAAGCAAUUCUGGAUAGCAAGCGUGCGUCCAACAAUCACUCAGUCGAUGCACUCGUCGUGAUUAAGGAAUGGAAGACUCAGACUGUGGCUUGUCUGGUGGAAGCAUAUGAUGUCAAUAAAAACGCAUUUUUUGCUCAUCAGCACACCGAGAAACUUCUAGGCGCUGGGUCGAAGAUCAUUUAUCGAGCUGUGCGACAUGGUUUGGAGGUGCCUUUCCACCAAGGAUUCAUUGAGCAUCCAACUGUGGAGUCUGCCACAUUGAAUGAGCGACCUAAGAAGUCUGUUGGUAGUUGGAUCUCGAUUAUCUAUCAAGCUUUGCGUAAUGGCGACCUGCACAAACCGUUGAUGCAGUGGGUGUCGGAUAAUCGCUCAAUUCUGGAGUGA